UCGCAAACGAACAACGAACCAUCGAAGUUUAGAAAAUAUCUAACAAUUAAAAGCGAUCGCGCGCGCGCUUUUUUCUCGAACCUCGAAUCUCGAACAACGAAACGAAAAUAAAUUUGGAAAAUUGCAAGUGUCGUUUUGUUUUUAGCGCGCGUGCAUUGCCAAAACGAAUCAGAAACUGAAACAACUGAAACAACGAAUCGAGCUAAGGAGAAAUAUAUAGACGCGGGAAGGAAACAACGCAAAAAACGACGCACAUUUCUCAGUUGCAUGCCGCGUGGAUCGAAAUAUACAUAUAUAUAUAUAUAUAUAUAUAUGUUUAAUUAUAUAUAUUGCUAAACUUAGAAAUAAAAGCGAAAAAGGGAGGAAUAACUUUGAGAGGCGUUGCCCGUGGCCAAGGAAAAAAAAAUAAGAAAUACGCAUGAAUACUAUAUGAAUGCAACAUUAAUUGAACUAGCUCAAGGCUCAAGCCCUCUCACUCUCGCCGCCUCUCGCCCUCUCUCUCUCUCUUUCUGCCACAAAUCUGUAUAAUUAUAUAAUCCAAUUUGUGUUAUUUAUUGCGGCCCUGAGAGCAGUGAACCAAACUGAACUGGACACGUGUCAUUAGAUUUUAAGCCUCGCACACUUACGAUACAUUGCGUUGAUUAUGAGCGCUUUCGCCGAUCGGAAUAUACAUUUCAAUCCUUUGCGAAAUCAGCAAACGCUUAUCGUUAAGCGACUGAGACCGCCGGAGAGCAGAAACCACAAGAACUGAGCAAUCGAACAACGAAUAUAUAGACGAACUCUGCUCGCAGCUAAGCACAAAAACAAACGAACCUUUUUUAAAACAUAAAAAAGCCAACGCAGAAAUACAACGAAAUAUAUAAGCAAUAAUAUAAAGCCAAAAAACGAACGAAUUUUAAAGCAACUAUAACAACACUGCGACAACAACAUCCAACAAACAAAGAGAAACCGGAAACAUAAAGACAAGAAAGGAUCAUCACAUUGUUAAAGAAUUUUUGCAGAGAAAAGUGACUUUUUUUUAUUGUACAUAUAAACAUUUAAACAUAUAUCUAAGUUCUAUAGAUUUGUUUUUGUUGAUUUUGAAUAUAUAGCUCAUACAUAUAUAUCUUUGUUGUCCCAAAUUGUUGUGUUAGCUUAGCUAGGCUUAACAUAUAACGAAUACUAGUCAGCCGCCCAACUGUGCGUAUACGUAACGUGCAACGUCACUGCGUAUACUUAAUAUUUAAGAGUAGAUAACUAAGGAUUAGGCCAAAAACCAACGAACAAAUGAUGAAAAAUCUGAACGGUAGGACGCACAAUGCGUGCUACCAUCCCUACUACCAUCAAUCGCUGCACUUUGCGCAGCAGCAACAUAAUCAACAGCAGCAGCAGCAUCAUCAGCAGCAGCAGCAACAUCAGCAGCUGCAGCAUCAGCAGCAACAACAGCAGCUGCAUCAGCAGCAACAUCAGCCAUCCCAUCAGCAAUCGUUACGUCAUCAGCAACGGCAACUGCCCACGCAGCCUGCCUACCAGCAACACCAGCAGCACCAACAACAACAUCAGGAGCAACAGCAACUGAGGCAAUCGUUUGCCCACAAUGCUUUUCCACUGCGCAGCAGCAACAGCAACAAUUAUGGCCAUGUUGCUGGCAGCGCCUACGCCGGCAACAGCAACAAUGCGGCUGCCAUGGCCGCCGUGUGCCAAAUGCAGAAUUUUUUUAGUCAACAACAGCAACAGGAGUACAACAAUUGCUUGCCUAUUAAUUAUUAUCAACAACAGCAGCAGCAACAGCAACAACAACUACAGCAGCAGCAGCAGCAGCAACAACAGCAACCGCAACAACAGCAACAGCCAAUGACAGCUACAACGACAGCAGCCUCAUGCAAUGCCACAACAGCAGCAACAACAACAGCAACAACAGCAACAACAGCAACAGCAGCAGCAACAACAACCUCUACGAACAACGACAACAACAAUAGCGAUAAUUUUGCAAUGGAUGCCACUGAAAUCGCCACAUUUCUCGCCAACGAGCUUUUCCUACAGCAGCUCGGCAACUUUGAGACAGUUCAGAGUGUUUUAACGCUGACCACGCCCACGCUGACGCCCACCACCACGCGCAGCAUCGAGGAUUCCUUUUUCCAGAUUAUUUCGGAUACGCAAAAUGAUCGUGGAGCUGGUUGUGCUGGAUUUGCAGUGCCACUGGUGCUGCCAAACGCCACGACGAAUGCCAAUGAGUCCAAUGGCAACGGAAUUUCCACAAUUCCCAGCCAGCAGCAGCAGCCGGAGCAGCAGCAUCAGCCGUACAACGUGAGUCUGGUGGCAGGAAGCGAUUCCGAAGAGUCCAAUGGCUCCUACAACGAUACCCAGAUGAACGAGGAGCAGGACACAACCGAUACUUCAAGUGCCCACACGGACAGCACCUCCUACCAGAAUGGCCACAUCAUGGGCGGCAGUGUGAACGGCGGCGGAGCCAACAAUUUCAGCAAUGUCCUGGCGGCCGUUGGCUCUGGUAGAGGAUCUACGGGCAGCAACGCGAAUACCUCAAACAGUGCCACGCCGGCGCGUCGUGGAGGCGGUCGUCGGCCCAACCGGUCGGCCAACAUGACGCCCGAGGAGGAGCAGAAGCGGGCGGUGCGCCGGGAGCGGAACAAACAGGCGGCGGCCCGUUGCCGCAAGCGGCGUGUUGAUCAGACCAACGAGCUGACCGAGGAGGUGGAGCUGCUGGAGAAGCGCGGCAACGUGAUGCGCAAGGAGAUCGAGGAGCUGACGAACAGCAAGAACCAGCUGGAGUACCUGUUGGCCGCCCAUCGCCCCACCUGCAACAAGGUGCGCACCGAUCUGCUGAGUGUGGCCACCUGCAACGGUCUGAUUGCCCCGGCCGGACUCCUCAGUGCCGGCAGCUGUGGCAGCGUCGGUUCGAGCAGCCAUCACAAUCACAACAGCAAUGACAGCAGCAACGGCACCAUCACCGGACUGGACGCCACCCUGAACUCCACCGGGCGCAGCAACUCGCCGCUCGAUCUCAAGCCAACGCCCAACAUUGACAACUUGCUGCUGAACAUCAAGGACGAGCCACUGGACGGGGCACUGGACUCGGGCUCCAGUCUCGACCAGGAUGGUCCGCCGCCCAACAAGCGCUUCACCUUGCCGCCCAUGUCCACGAUGCCGCACGUCCACAUCUCGACGCUGAUGACGCCCACGGGUGCCUCGUCGGGAUCGCUGCAGACGCCCAUAACCAGCACGGCGCCUGGCGGAUUCGGCAGUGCCUUCCCGGGGAUCACAACCAAUGGAAAUGGCAGUGGCAGCGGAAACGGCAGCAUGAACAGUCCCACGCUGAAUGCGCUGAACAAGGUGCCCAAGGAGCGGCCCAACACGCUGGCCUUCCAGCGACCCAUGCACCUGACCAUGGCCAAUAAGUCGGCCGGAGGAGGAGCAGGCGGGGCAGGCGGAGCACCGCCCACGCAGAUCCAGGGAGUGCCCAUCCAGACUCCCUCCACCGGCACCUUCAACUUUGAAUCCCUGAUGGACGGCGGCACUGGGCUGACUCCGGUCUCGGGUCCCCUGGUGCCCAAUACCUCCGCCAUGAACAAGCAUCCGCUGGAGCUGCCCACGCCCACCGCCGAGCCGUCCAAGCUGGUCAGCUUAUAACCGGACAGGAGCUGGUUGCGGGCCGGAGGAUAGUCAGGAUUAAGUUAAGUUUGAUAUAAUUCAAAACGUAGCGAACGUAGCAUACUUACACUUGCUAAAAGGAAAAAAGAAACAAGAGAAAUGGAAAAUGGAAAAUGGAAAAACCAAGAAAACAUUUUGCUAGUUGUAGGAGAGAUAGAUGUUUUCAUUUUUGUAAUCGUAACGAAUAUUCUAUUUCGUUAUAACUCUAAUGUUUUUUGUAUUAUUAUCUUUAUUAUGGUUAAUUUAUGAUUUUUGCUAUGUCUUUUACAUACGCCGAGCUACAUAUGUUAUGUACUUGUAAUUUGUGCAAUUUUCAAACCUUUUCAUUGCGUGUUAUAUAUUUUCAAAAAAUAUACAAAUGCGAACGAACGAAGAUCGCCUGGAAAAUGAUAAGGAUUGUAGGGAGUGGAGAUUUGAAGGAUGCGUUGUGAUAUUUAUUAUAAAACGAAUACAAAAAAGAUACCAGAUAAAAACAAAACGUAGAAAGCGAAAACAGGAGCAGUAAACAGUAAACACUAAACAGUAAAUAGUAAACAAAAGCGUGUAAUGAAAGGAACUAAGCCGGUUUUAAAAUUGUACAUUUAAACGAAUCGCGUUAAUAUAUAUAUAUACGAGUAUAUAUAUAUAUAUAUAUAGUAUAUAUUCAGCAUACAAACUAAAUACAAUGCCUUGAGAGAGAAUUAAGAAAUGCAAAACACUUUAUAUAUGUAUAUGUAUGUUUAAACCUAAACAAUAAUCGCGUUACAGCAAGUUUUAUAUUGAGCAAAAGCAAAAGCAAAUGUGAAAUGAGAUAAAUAUACUUAUUGUACUCUGUAAGCUGCAGUAGAAAACCCAAAUAUAUUUUUACUAAACGCAACAAAUGCGCUAUUUUCAAAUACCAUUUAUAAGAAAUGACAAAAGCAAAGCAAUUAUUUAAUAUGUAAUUAUGUAUUAUGUAUUAUGUAUACCCAAAAUACGAUUUAACGAAAGCUGAUCAGGUAAAAACAACUCUCGCCCGUUUCCACACUAAAUUCUCUGAUUAUAUUCAAAAUUAUCAAUAUAUCCAAAACCAAAACCGAUCGAUAGUAAACAUAAUGCACUUCUAAGGGCAUAAAAACACCAAAAUUGACAAAAAUAAAAUGAAAUAAAAUAAAAUAAAAAUACCGAAAAACCUAAAA